ACCUUUUCUUCUUCUACCGGUCCCCUGUUCUUCUCUCACCUCAUUAGCUCAGCUGCAUGGGAUGCACAUUUCCAAGGCUCUGCAACUCUCACACUUUCCAUGUCCAUGCCCAUUUUAAGGUAUAUUGCCCUUUCUUCAUCUCUUACCUCAUCUUCUUCUCUAUUUCUUAUCUUCCUCUGCUCCCCCUUGUACUCAACAAAAUAGGUACAAGGCCUUUUGCACUGCCCUCCUCUUUCUUGAAAUUUUCAACAUCACUAUCACCAGGUUCUUUUCAAGCAUCAAAGCUUUGACAAUCCAUCUUUUGGUGCUGAAAGUUUCACUCUUGUGGUCUAAAUUGAGAUGCCCAUUUCAUAUUUUUGGUGAUUCUCUUGGCAUAAGCAGCCAAAGCCACAUCUUUGUUCCUCUUGGGGGGCUCUUCAAGCCCUGACCCACUUUUUUCUGACUUUGAGGUUCCUGAUCUGCUGCUUGUAAACCUUCAAAGUACUUGUCUUUUGGGUUCUGGUCAACGUUGUCAAAACCCACUUCUGGUUUGUUAGAAUCCUUCUCUGUGGUGCUUCCUAGGGUUUAUCAUAUUGGGGUAAAUGUUUCUCAAAAUUUGUGCUUUAAUGGUAGAACCUUUGUGAAUUGUUGCAACUGGCAAGGGUGUUGAUUCUGAAGGCAACUGAAUCAUCUGGGUUUGUUGUGUUGAGCUGUGUCCCAUUUACUUGGGGCAUCUUCAGCUUUGUACUUGUGGCUCUUUGAUCUGCUUUUUCAAUUUCAAAUUGUGGGCUUUUUGCCAGUUCUAGUGAGUUUGAUGAAAUACCCUGUAUUUCAUUGCUACAGUAGUUGAGGUUUUAGCUGAUAGAACAUGAAUUUUCCUAGGGUUAAUGGCACCAGGGUUAUAAAUAAUUGCAAGAUUGUAGCUUUGUCUGAAAACGUGCUCUGUUUGGUUAGGUUUGAUCUUGUAUUGUGGUACUUCAGCUAUGUAAUUUGAUCAAGUGGGUUUUUGGUGUCCUGUACUCCUGUAAAGUCAUAUCUGUUUUCUCCCACUUUUGAGAGCAAGAUGACUGGAAAUAGUCACUGUUUUGUGGAGUGGAAAGAGCAAUUUGUAUCACAGGAACGUGGUAACCGAGUGGUUCACUAUUUCCUGAAAGAUUCCACUGGGGAAUCCAUCCGUGCCGUUGUGGGAACUGAGAGAAGUGUUAGGCACAUGUUCUAUGUUGUUGCUGAGGAGUUUUUGCAGGCUUAUGGGAAGGAAAGUUCCAUCCAUGCUGGUUAUAAAUGGCGGUCGAGGAGAGAGGUUGUGGACUGGCUUACUUCUAUGCUGUCGAAGCAGAAUGUACAUGGAGAUCGGUCUGAAUCUCCAAAACAUGACUCAAUACAACCUUUAGGGUCUUCUGAAUCUCUAAUGAAUGGACUGCGGACUCAAGUACCAGAUGAUACGGGCCGACUUGCAAGGAGUUUCAAGGGACACCAUUCAGACAUUGUUUGGUCAGGUGUUGCAUGGAAAUGUGGUAAACAGCUCAAGCAUUACCCAGAAUUUUGCAGGAAUGGGAUUACAAUAGCAAUUCGAUCCUUUGUCCUUGUCAUGGCGAAGGGAGAAAAUCACUAUCUUGCUUAUCUGGAAGAUAUGUAUGAAGACAAGAGGGGUCAGAAAAAGGUGAAAGUAAGGUGGUUUCACUACAAUCAGGAAGUCAAGGGGGUAAUUCCUGUACGAAAUCCUCACCCAAAAGAAGUUUUCUUCACACCAUAUUCACAGGUCAUUAGUGCAGAGUGUGUUGAUGGCCCUGCCACAGUCUUAACUCGUGAACAUUAUGAGAAAUGCGUAGCUUCUUUUCCUCAUGCUUUGUUAGCCCGAGUACACCUGUGCUAUAGGCAGUUCAGAAGCAACAGAGUGAAGCCCUUUGAUCUCAGUAAAUUGCAAGGCUAUUCUGAGCAACCAAUUCUCUCUUGUUUGGGUCCUGAUCCCUCUGUAAGGCCCGAGUCUAUAUGCCAUAGCUUGAAUGGGGAAGAAGAAGAACGGUUAAGCGCAGGUGACGAUGUAAAGCUAGGAGCUAAGAGGACCAGAAGUGGUAGAGUUUGUCAAAGGUUUCUGGCUGAUAAUUUAAGGGUCAGAAAUUCUGGUAGAGUUCACCAGAUGAUGACAUAUGAACCUUAUGAGAACUUAAAUUAUGGUUUCUCAGGCAGCAGGAGAUUGCUUUCUCUAAAGCGCAUUGAAUGUCCCCCUUGGUAUACCUCACCAUUUAAGGUUGAUGAAAAGAUAGAGUUGCUUUGCCAAGAUAGUGGCAUCAGAGGAUGCUGGUUCAGGUGCAAUGUCUUGCAGGUAUCACGAAAACAGAUGAAAGUUCGAUAUGAUGACGUGCAGGAUGAAGAUGGAUGCGGAAAUCUUGAGGAAUGGAUCCCUGCUUUCAAAAUGGCUAUGCCUGAUAAACUUGGCAUGAGGCAUUCGGGUCGCUUAACAAUUAGGCCAGCCCCUCCUAAAGAGCAAGUAGACCUUGACCUUGAGGUUGGGACUGCAGUUGAUGCAUGGUGGAGUGAUGGCUGGUGGGAAGGAGUUGUAACUGGAUUGGAUAACUCUAGUGAUGGUACUACGCAAAUUUUCAUUCCAGGUGAGAGCUUACUUCUGAAUAUACACAAAAAGGAUCUAAGAAAAUCCAAAGAUUGGAUGGGGGACCAGUGGGUUGAUAUACAGGGAAAGCCUGACAUACUCUCAACCAUAUCUGAAACUAUUGGCUCAGACACCAAGCUUGCCACAUCCUCAAACCUUGUCCAAGAUACAAAAUCUGGUUUUUCUGUGUCAUAUGUUGAAGCUCCUAGCAGUACUAAUUUUAAUACUGUUGAAGAUGAAAAACUCAACUCAUCUUCAUUUGCCAGUUCUGAUGGCCUUCCUGAAGAUAUGGACAGGGUUGAUAAGAAGUCCCCAUCAUUAAAUGACAUAAAAACAGAGGUUGAUGGUGUUGAGACGAAUGGCAGUUGUGAUAAUGUAGAUGAUGUCCAAGGUAAUGAUGAUGAUGACAAACAUGAAAAUGAUGGUGAGAAUGGUGACAAAACUGAGAAUUUGGAUAAUUCUGGGCAGGAUUGUGAAGAAGUAGAACUCAUGGAAGUGGCAUCAUAAGAUGACCAACAGGAGUUUGUAUGCCAUAAUUUAUGAUGGUGAUGAUGCAAGUAUCUUCGGUUAAUGUUGAGUGCUUGAGUGGAUUGUUUGGAUUUGUAAAUAGUUACACGGGUGUAGGGAAAGCUCAUUGCCAUUGGACUUGACUUUGUAGCCUUAGUAGGUGUACAGGUUUGAGGUUUAGGAUUUAUGAUGGCUAUCAGUAUCCACUGAUUGUAUUAGAUUUAAAUUUCUUUGCUUAGAAGCACUCCAAAUGAGUCGGAUUGACUCUCUUAUGUGCUUCUUACUUGUAUCAACAAAUUUGAAGACUUACCAUAAAAGUAAAAAAAUUACUACUUAUUAGUU